AUGCCUUUCACAGUUGGCGGGUUUAUGUGUCCAAGAGAUGAAGAAGCCUUAGCAGACUGUUUGAGAGAUGGACUUAAUGUUUACAUUCCCGAACUGGCAACAGGAUUGCCUGAGUACGGAAUCCCACCUUGCGAGCCUCUCCUUAUUCCAGCACUAACAAUUCAGCAAUCAGCUGGCCCUAUUUCUAUCACAUCAACUUACACUAAUGUUUCUGUAAGGGGUCCAGCCAGUAUGCGAAUCACAAAUGUCGUUGUGGAUACAUCGAAACACGAAGUUAUUGCCAAGUUGUAUAUACCGGAGCUAAGAUUGAAAGGGCACUAUGCCCUGUCUGGAAAAUUGUUGAUGCUACCCGUAGACGGAGAUGGACCAUUUGAAGCGAAAUACGGGGAUAUUGAUGCCGUGGUGACGAUCACAUUGGGUCGCGCUCACCGCGAAAAUGGUGUAGACGCGCUCGCUUGCGACCGCCUUGAUGUUAAGUUUAACGUCGGAUCAGCGACCAUGAAACUUGAUAAUAUGUUUGGAGGUGAUAACGAAUUAGGAAAUGCAAUGAAUAUGCUCCUUAAUGAAAAUUGGCAAAAAUUGGCUAAAGAACUUCAAGGGCCGAUGGAAGAAGCUCUUCGCGAUUUCCUGAAACCUUUAGCCGAUCAUGCAUUUGGUACACUCGAUGCGGAUGAUAUAUUAUCAUAA